UCCCUCUCCCGCAAGCGCUCGCAUUUCCUCCACAAUCUCUCUCUCUCUCUCUAGAUUCCUGCUUCGCGGCUUCGUCACAGCCUCACCUUCGCCCCUUCAAAACUCAGGACGACGACCCAAGAAAAAACUGAGAUCCAUACUUCGAGUGGAGCUCGACGUGUUGCGAUUGAGCUCCCCCUCGCGCCCGUCGUGCCGCUAUGGGGGAACCCCUCAACCUGUGUCACGUCCCCAGGGGAUAUGGCAUGGUGAAACAUGGAAGUGCAAUUGUAGCUUUCUCUACUCCCAUCUCGUGUGGCUGUGGACAUUCUUUGAAGGAUUCAUAUUCCUUUAGCCAGCAAGUCCAUGCGCCGCCUUACGCCUUAAAGUAUCGGUUUGGUCGCCGCUCUUUUGUUUCAGGAGAUACCUGUGAAUACAUAAGUUUGUUGACUUCCUCAAGAUUGGGUCAGAGACAACUUCGUCGCGACAAUCAUAGGCCGGGCCGUUUUGGAAGAGCUCAGAUACGAGUGACGAUUGACGUCGCUGGUGCUGUUGAUGUCAUUAAUGAUUUGGGAAUGGAUACUCUUACAUUCUUAGCAGUGACUGUAGCAGUCGUCCCAACAUUCAAGAUUCUCAGAGCUAGUCCCAUACUUGGAUUCUUCUUUGCCGGAAUUGUACUUAAUCAAUUUGGAUUUAUAAGAAAUCUCACAGAUGUCAAAGUGCUGUCUGAAUGGGGCAUCCUUUUCCUGCUGUUCGAGAUGGGGUUGGAGCUAUCACUUGCACGCUUAAAAGCUCUUGCAAAGUUUGCCUUUGGUAUGGGAUUGACUCAGGUCUUCUUAUCCACUCUAGCCUUCACGGCAUUUGAACUUCCACCUAAUGGAGCUAUAGGAACAAGAAUUUUGGAGUUCCUUUUCCACUCAAGGUCAGAUUUGGUAAACAUCAGAACUUUGGACGAGGCAAUAGUGAUUGGUGCUGCUCUCUCUUUAUCUUCUUCUGCUUUUGUCUUGCAGCUUCUUGCAGAGAAAGGUGAGCUGGCAACGAGAUUUGGUUCCGCAACUCUGGGGAUACUUCUUUUGCAGGAUAUCGCUGUUGUCCCUCUUCUAGUUAUCCUUCCGGUGCUGGAGAGCCAGAAUUUGGUUGAGGAAAGCAUCUGGCCUGUGCUUGCUCAAGAAAGUUUAAAGGCUUUAGGUGGUCUUGGCUUACUUUCUCUCGGAGGAAAAUACCUGCUUAGGCGAGUUUUUGAGGUUGUCGCAGAAGCAAGGAGCUCAGAAGCUUUUGUUGCGCUUUGCCUGUUGACAGUUGCUGGGACUUCCCUUACCACCCAAAUGUUAGGCUUCAGUGAUACUCUUGGAGCAUUUUUGGCUGGGGCAUUGUUAGCUGAAACUAACUUUCGGACACAGAUUGAAGCAGAUAUCAGACCAUUUAGAGGCUUACUGCUCGGAUUGUUCUUUGUGACUACAGGGACUUCUGUUGACAUGGAGCUUCUUUUGCGAGAGUGGCCCAAUGUGCUUGCUCUACUGGGAGGUUUGAUCUUCAUCAAGACCCUGAUUAUAACAGCAAUAGGUCCCCGUGUUGGACUCACUCUGCAAGAAAGCAUAAGAAUAGGAUUGCUCCUAUCACAGGGAGGGGAGUUUGGAUUUGUUGUGUUCUCCUUGGCAAACAGGCUUGGGGUGCUGCCACUUGAGCUGAACAAGCUCCUCAUAAUAGUCGUAGUGUUGUCAAUGGCAUUAACACCUUUGCUUAAUGAAGUUGGAAAGAGGGCUGCUGAUUUUAUUGAUGACAAGUUCGAAACUGAGGAAAAAGCGACGGAGAUUGCGAGCUUUGAUGCUAGGGAUCCUGUUGUAAUUAUUGGAUUCGGACAGAUGGGUCAGGUCCUUGCCAAUUUCUUGUCAGCUCCAUUGGCUUCUGGAGUUGAUGGUGACCUGUCUGGUUGGCCUUAUGUUGCUUUUGAUCUCAAUCCUACUGUAGUGAAGGCAUCUAGAAAGCUUGGUUUUCCUAUUCUUUAUGGGGAUGGAUCACGCCCAGUUGUGUUGCAAUCUGCUGGUAUUGCUUCCCCAAAAGCUGUCAUGGUGAUGUACGCUGGACGGAAGAGGACGAUAGAGGCUGUUCAAAGGCUUCGACUUGCCUUCCCAGCUAUUCCAAUUUACGCGAGGGCCCAAGACAUUACGCAUCUUCUGGAUUUGAAGAAAGCAGGAGCUACAGAUGCUAUCCUAGAAAAUGCUGAGACAAGCUUACAGAUUGGCUCUAAGCUUUUGAAAGGGUUUGGUGUGAUGUCCGAUGACGUGACAUUUCUGAGGCAGCUUGUUCGAGACUCUAUGGAGCUACAAGCUGAAGAUGCGGUCAGGCAAAAUUAUGGUCGAGAUUCUAAUGUCAUGAAGCCACCGCAGGUAAAAGUUGGUGACUUAGUCGGGGGACAGAAGUCCUCCUUAUCAGCUGUCUCUGAAGAGAAAACAUCUGGAAAGAACCAGGAAGAGGCCGCAACAGGAAUUCACUUCAAGGAGAAAGAAGCCCAAGCAGGACAUGAUAGAGAACUUCAGACGUCCAAGGAUCUAGACAGUCAUGUCAUAAGUUGUGAGCAGGAGCCCGAGGAUGGUGCCCUUGUUGGGAAAUCCACUGGUGUUAACACUGCACAAGAUCUAGCAGACCCAAACAAGUGAAGACCACCGAAGAGGCUGGAAAGUCUGUUGUGCAACUAUUAAUGCACCACCACGAGGCUAAACCACUCCAGCAGAGGUGUCAGUUUUGUAGCUGAGACUGCGGUAGGAAACAAAAUGCAGAAAACUACUGAGAUAGUUCUGGACAGCAUCGAGGUAGAGGAUAGCGAAAUGGUCAUGCAGACAACAUUGAGGAGGAAAAAUUGAUCUGUUUCAAGUGAUGUAGCUUUCUUUUCGUACUUUUAAGAAGCGAAUAGAGCUUCCAAUGAGAGUCGGCGAUUACUCUCGGAGGUAGCGGACAGUUAUUCAUCUUGCUGCUGCUUCAGUUGGAAAAGGUCUUGGAGCUGAUGCAUCAUGUCAUGCUCUAUCUUUGAGGAUUGUCCGGUGGGUUUAUACAUGUAUACAUCAAUUCAAUCAAUAGAAAAACGGUCCUAUUGUUUGC